AUGCCUAUUGUUAUUUCAGAUCAGUGUGGAGGGUCCAAGAAUAAAAAUGCUCAGCCCCCAGCUGGUCGAGAAACUGUGAAACCAAAAGAAAAUCCGAAUUCGAAAAAAGAUAAGGACAAAUUCAAAGAAGAAGAAAGGUUAAUCAAGGGAGAUAUGCCUAUUAUUAUUUCAGAUCGAUGUGGUAAACCUCCAGAUGAUCGUGGAACCGUGCAACCGAAAGAAAACUCAAAUUUGCCGAAAGAUGAGGAUUGCGUCGAAAAAGAAGAGUGGCUAAGCGAGGAACAAGCGAAAGAACUUCUCAAUCGCCUGUCAAAAGAAAUGUUUGGAGAAAAAACGGAAAAAGUCAAGAAAUGUACCGUGAAAAGGCCAAAAAAUCCAACUGCGAAAAGCACUGUGGAAGAAAUGAAAAGGGAUCCUGGCGUUCGUGAUUUCGUGUACAAGGUGAUCGGUUAUAUGGAAAAGUAUCGAAAUAGGCAUAAAAAACCAAAUCUGAGAUGUAUCAUUCAAUCACUAAAGAAAUCGCCUUCUCAGGGUUUGCUGGUGAAAAAAUAUCCUUCUUUAAAAGAGAUUAGAUGUCGGCUUAAAAAAGAGCGUGCUGUUUAUAAAGGCAUUCUCAAUCGUUUGUCAAAAGAAAUGUUUGGAGUAAAUUUGGAAAAAGUCAACAAAUGUACCGUGAAGAGGCCAAAAAAUCCAACUGCGAAAGGCACUGUGAAAGAAAUGAAUAGGGACCCCAGCGUUCGUGGUUUCGUGUACAAGGUGAUUGAUUUGAUGAUAAAGGAGCGAAAUCGAUAUCCAUAUCUGGCUCUUGUAGGGAUCGGUCGCGCACUAAAGAAAUCGCCUUCUCGGGACUUACUAUUGAAAAAGUAUCCUGCUCUGAAAGAAGUCAUAGGUCGAAAUGGUGGAUCCAUGGAUAAAACAACUCAACCCCCAGAUGAUCGAAAAACCGUGAAACCAAAAGAAAGCUCGAAUUUGCACGAAGGUCGAAAUGGUGGACCCAUGGAUAAAACAACUCAACCCCCAGAUGAACGAAGAACCGGGAAACCAAAAGAAAGCUCGAGUUCGGAAAAAGAUAGUUAUUGCUCCAGAGGGGACCUGCUUGAUUGUCUGUCCCAAGAAAUGUUUGGAAUGAAACUAAGCAAGUUCGAACACCGGAAGUUGUUUGAUCCGGAAAAUAUGGUGUUGGUGAAGACCUUUCAGGACUCAAAGAGCCUCUAUCUCACUUACCAUUACUUCCUCCAAAUGGUUAUCGAUCAACUCACCAGACUGAGUGAAAAAGAAAUUGACAAGAAAGAAGCAUCCAUGAAAAUCACUGACGCCGUCAAUGCGUUGGAAGAGAAGGCUCGAUCUGUGCUUGUGGGAUACUACCCGUCUUUGAAGCUCUUUGGGUAG